UUGGUCCCUGUGCUGCUCCCUCCCCUUUCCUCUCUUGCUUCAUCUCGCUGUAGCUCGCUCCGGCUGCUGGUACAGACUGGAAUUGGGUAGCUGCAGCGUCCAUUCCCUUCCAGCCGCUCCGUGCCCCCUGCAGGACGCGUCCCCCCGCUGUGACACCGGAGCAGUGCAGGUCAGGAUUCCACCAUGCUGUCCAGACUGAGAGUCACGGUUAGAUCAUGCAUGCUAGCUCAACGCUCUGUGCACACCAAGGAGAAGGGAAAGGCACUUCUGCUGAAUCCAAGGACUAACAAGGGAAUGGCCUUCACACUGCAGGAAAGACAGAUCCUUGGACUGCAAGGCCUAUUACCUUCCAAAAUAGAGACUCAGGACAUUCAGGCUGCGAGAUUCCACAAGAACCUGAGAAAGAUGGAGGACCCCCUGGAAAAGUACAUCUACAUAAUGGGGAUUCAGGAGAGAAACGAGAAGCUAUUCUAUCGGAUAUUACUGGAUGACAUAGAAAGGUUAAUGCCGAUUGUCUACACGCCAACUGUGGGACUGGCCUGCUCGCAAUACGGACAUAUAUUCCGAAGGCCAAAGGGAGUGUAUAUUUCUAUCUUCGACAAAGGGCAUAUCCGAUCCAUUCUGGAUAACUGGCCAGAAACCGAUGUCAAGGCAGUGGUGGUGACGGACGGAGAAAGGAUAUUGGGUCUUGGUGACCUCGGGGUGUAUGGAAUGGGAAUUCCUGUAGGGAAACUGUGUCUCUAUACAGCGUGCGCCGGAAUAAGGCCUCAGAAAUGCCUCCCAGUGGUCAUCGAUGUUGGUACAGAUAAUCCAGCUUUAUUAAAAGACCCGUUCUAUAUGGGCCUUUACCAGAAGAGGGACCGUACUCAGCUGUAUGAUGAUCUUAUUGACGAGUUCAUGGACGCUGUUAAAGAACGAUACGGUCAGAACACACUCAUACAAUUUGAGGACUUUGGAAACCACAACGCUUUCAGAUUCCUGAGGAAGUACAGAGAAAAGUAUUGCACUUUCAAUGAUGACAUUCAAGGCACCGCCUCCGUGGCACUGGCUGGACUCCUGGGCACGCAGAACGUGAUUGGUAAACCUAUCACGGAGCAGAGGGUUCUCUUCCUUGGGGCAGGAGAGGCGGCUCUGGGCAUCGCAAACCUCAUCGUCAUGGCAAUGAUGGAGAACGGGAUUUCAGCUGAGGCGGCGCGAGAGAGGAUCUGGAUGUUUGACAAAUUCGGAUUACUGGUGCAGGGACGUGAAGAAGUAGCGGAUGGUAACCAGGAGUCCUUUGCGCACCCUCCUCCUGGUCACUCGGUGAAAACAUUUCUGGAUGCAGUUAAUGUUCUGAAGCCAACUGCAAUUAUAGGUGUUGCAGGAGCUGGAAAACACUUUACAGAAGAUGUCAUCAAGGCGAUGAGCGCAAUAAACAAGAGGCCGAUCAUCUUUGCUCUCAGUAAUCCAACCGUGAAGGCUGAGUGCACAGCGGAGGAAGCGUACACUUUUUCUGAGGGACGCUGUCUCUUUGCCAGUGGAAGUCCUUUUGAUACAGUGACAUUAAGUGAUGGACGGUCAUUUAAACCAGGACAGGGGAACAAUGCCUACAUUUUCCCAGGUGUCGCUCUAGCGGUGAUCCUGAGCGGGGUACGUCACAUAAGUGAUCGUGUAUUUCUGGAGGCUGCAAAGGCUCUGGCAGAACAGUUAACUGCUGAGGAGCUGGAUCAAGGACGACUGUACCCACCACUUUCCAACAUCCGAGAGGUCUCCGUAUGCAUUGCUGUUAAAGUGAUGGAGUUUGUAUAUAGGAAUGGCAUGGCUUUCCAGUACCCAGAACCGCUAGAUAAGAACGCCUACAUUCGCUCUAAAGUGUGGAGUACAGACUAUGAUUCUUUCUUACCCGAUGUCUACAACUGGCCCGAGUACGCAUCAAAGCCUCAUAGAAUGUUCUGAGCCCCCAGCUGAACGGCUCUUGUGAGGAGCACAUUUUAUAGGGCGAUGUAAACAUGGGUUUUAUUUCACUUGUAUGAGAACUUCUUGUGCCUUCAGAAAACACUCAGAUAUACACCGUAUUUCUGUACACCAAGAAAACCCGUCACAUUCCUGCCACCGUCAGCCAGCUGUCGGCCUCGUCCCAUUUGCCUCUUCCCAGUCUGUUCUCUUCGUCUCGCUCUUCACCCUUCUCCCAUCCCGCUCCCCUCCCAUCCUAUUGCUAUUACUUGCCCUCCUCCAUUCCCAGGUCACUCUCCUCCCUCUUCCCCUAGUUCUUCACUCUCAUCCCAUCCCUCCUCCAUUCCCAGUCGCUGUCCUCACUCUCCCUCCUGCUUCUCACUCUUCUCUCAUCCCUCUCCCCUCCCAUCCCAUUGCUAAUACUUGCCCUCCUCCAUUCCCAGUCCGCUCUCCUCCCUCUUCCUCUAGUUCUUCACUUUUAUCCCAUCCCGCUCCCCUCCCAUCCCAUUGCUAAUACUUGCCCUCCUCCAUUCCCAGUCCGCUCUCCUCCCUCUUCCUCUAGUUCUUCACUCUUAUCCCAUCCCGCUCCCCUCCCAUCCCAUUGCUAAUACUUGCCCUCUUCCAUUCCCAGUCCGCUCUCCUCCCUCUUCCUCUAGUUCUUCACUCUUAUCCCAUCCCGCUCCCCUCCCAUCCCAUUGCUAAUACUUGCCCUCUUCCAUUCCCAGUCCGCUCUCCUCCCUCUUCCUCUAGUUCUUCACUUUUAUCCCAUCCCGCUCUCCUCCCAUCCCAUUGCUAAUAUUUACCCUCCUUUAUUCCCACUCCUCUCCUCUUCCAGCACACGCGUGCACGUCACACAAGUGAAGUGGAAGGUGGGGCACACGCCAUGCAUGUUAAAUGUGAUGUGUUCAUGCCACAGCUGCGAUUAGGUCAUUGAGCAAACCUGCAUGAUGACCUAGUUAAAAUCGGGGUCCAAUUAUAUAAAGAUUAAGUAACCUUUCAUAGGUAGAUAGGUUGCUUAAUCUGUUAAAAUAAAUAAAAUUGGACACUGAUUUUAAUUAGGUCAUCAUGCAAGUUUGCUUGAUGACCUAAUUGCAUUUCACUAUAUAUUGUCUGCCCCCCCUCCCCUCUACAGCUUUGUCUGGGCCCACUCCACCACCUUCAAUCCUGCUCCCUAGUUCCCAGUGGCUGGUCCACCAUCUAGGCUUAUGUCAGUACAGCUAAAGAUUGGCCUGCCCAUGUGAUCUUACAGUCUGAGAUUUCAGGAACAAAUUAUACAUAUGGUAGCAUAUAACAUUUACUUUUUUUUGUUAUUAAAUAUUAUAUACUACUUUUACAUUCA